CAGUUGGUUUAUUGUCUAUUUCCAGUUUGUUUGAGACACAUCCGGAAGUUCAGAAUGUGUUUAUGUCAUUCCGGACCAAGAAUACAUCCGACCUCGAGUACAAUCACAUUCUACGUGCGCAUGCGCUGAGAGUUAUGGGCACAGUCGACAAAUGUAUUUAUAGACUGGAUAACCGCGAGAAGUUGCGGGAUCUGAUGAUGGACCUUGGGAUACGACACCAGAACUACUCGGUUAAGAUAGAAUACAUCGAUCUGAUGGGGCCACAAUUUAUAUCUUCCAUUAAACCCCAUCUUGAAAACAUGUGGACAGAGGAACACGAACGUGCCUGGGAAAAUCUCUUCCAGCUUAUGUGUUAUUACAUGAAGAAAGGAAUGUGUAGCAUUUAACACAUGUGAAGUGUGACGACUUGUUCGGAUAUAUACAUAGCAAAUUAUUCUAUGGCAGGAAUAUACCGAAAUGUGUCCUUAUUGACCUAUUUAUUUAACUUCAGAGUGACUGUCGCGAAAGCAGAUAACAGUUUAAUGUAUCUUGGAGUUUGUUUUCGCAAUGGCGAGUUGUAUCAUUCAAAGGUUUUUAUCACUUUUAUCGAAAAUAAAAACACGUGUGAUAUUUUGUAGUGUAUUUAAAUUACGAAAGUAUUUUAUGUCUGUGAAGUGAUAACAUUGUUUAUGUAAACAUUAUGCUCAAACUGUGCAAUACGUUAUAUUUCUUCAUGUGGAGCAUUGAAAGUACGUGUAUAUGAAACAUUGACGUUAUUUUGUAGCGUAUACAGAAUUAUAGCCGUUGGCAAUGAGGAACAAUCAUUUUUGUAGAACUGUAAAUAGUCAAAUAUACGAUUCAAAGCAUUCAAUCAUUUUAGAAGGAACAAUAUCUCACACUUGUUUGUUGUUAUUAUGUUUUAAAAAGUUAUUAUUUUUCAAAACAAUUCAUGACUUGAAAAUAGAUUAUUUUUCAUUGACUCAAAUUCAAAAUUCAUGUUUGUUUUGUUGUCUUGGUUUUGUUUUCUUUUGUUCAGAAAAAUGAAUUGCACAUAAAUAUAUAGUGUAUCAAAUGAAGAGUAUUGGGAUUUAUAUGAAUAAUGUGAUUGAAAUUAGACUUGACUUUGUGAUUCAAAUUUGAACAAAAAUUCUGAAAUAGACAUGUCCUAUCCCAUUGGAUAGUGUUCUUUUAUAAUUUCCAAAACUAUCAUUUUCGAACUUCAAAGGUUUAAUAUAUUAUGUUAAAAAGUCUGAAUAUAUUAAUAUUCUACAGGAAUUAGUUUGCUUGGACCUUAUCUUGAUAGCAUAUUUUUAUGAUGAAAAGCACCCGUGUUCUUUUUAACCUUAAUCACACCAGAUCUGCUGUUUUGUAACGGAUCAGAAAGGAUGAAUAUCAUGUUUAGACUUUGAGCGGAUUCGUGCAAAAUUCCAUGAAUUAAUAAAAUAUUACCAUGUUCCAAUGGAACAGAUGAAUUAACAUGACUGAUAGUUAGUUAUAAGUGUGUACAUUUUUUGGUUUCGUCGUUUAACUAAUUUAUGAAUUAUUUUUCGAUGUUGCUUCUUUUGUUUUAUGUAUUUGAAAAGAGAUUUAUGUUGUUUCUUUAAACAUUCAGUAAGGGAUCAAUUGUACAUAUCAUCUUAAAUGGAACAAAAUACAUUUAUCUAGUCAAGACAAAUAUAUAUAUAUAUAAUUAAAUUGGAGGGCAAAAGUUAUGUCAACCAUUGCCCGUAUACUAUCUUAAAUGGACUUUUCCAGUUUUUUUGUUGUGACAAAACUAUUCAUCAUGUUUAAGGGAAAACUUGAAAAUCGAUAGUGACUGAAAAGCAAACAGUACAGAUCAUGAAUACCAGCACAGAUGUUAUUUUGAUCUGCACUGGUCGUAUUUGUAGCCACCGUAAGACCCUUUGUCAAAAUAUAUUUUAGCGUAUCAUUAUACAA